CUCAUUUAGAGAGAUGUGUAACGGCGGCCGUCCAUUGGCCAAGAAGAAUAUUGGAAAAAAAGUUGCAAAAGCAUUAAAGCCAAACAUACCAAAACAAACAAAACCUAUUACCCCUUUUCUUUUCUUCAUAUAUAUAUAUGCUCUUCUUAGCAAACACCUCAAACAUACCAAGCCACACUCCAUUUCCUCACUCAUUCAAAGAUGGAUUGGAUCCGGGGAAACACCAUUGGCCGUGGCUCCUCCGCCACCGUCUCCAUCGCCACGGCUACCCAAUCCGGCGAAGUCUUUGCCGUCAAGUCCGCCGAGCAUUCACAAUCACAACUUCUCAACGGGGAGCAAGGAAUUUUGGCUAGUCUAAGUAGUCCAUAUGUGAUUGCAUACAAGGGAUGUAGUAUUACAUCUGAAAAUGGUAAGCUCCUAUACAAUCUUUGCUUGGAAUACGCGCCUGGUGGCUCGCUUUCCGAUGCUGUCAGAAAGCAUGGUUGCUUAGGUGAAGGCAUGAUCAGAAAUUAUGUGAAAAGGAUUUUGCUUGGCCUAAUUUACCUCCAUAGUAAUAGGAUAGUACAUUGUGACAUUAAGGGUCAAAAUAUUUUGAUCACUAGUGAUGGGUUAAAGAUUGCUGAUUUGGGGUGUGCUAGGCGUGUCACUGAGGUGUCCGGCGAGGAUGGGUCCACCGUGACACCCUUGGCCGGCACGCCUGCCUACAUGGCACCUGAAGUGGCGCGUGGAGAACAACAGGGCUUCCCUGCUGAUGUAUGGGCUCUUGGGUGCACCGUCAUGGAGAUGGCAACGGGACGGGCACCUUGGGUGGGUGUUUUGGACCCGGUUUCGGCCCUUUAUCGAAUCGGGUUCUCAGGAUAUGUGCCAGAAAUUCCAAGCUUUCUGUCUGAGCAAGCUAAGGACUUUUUGAGCAAGUGUUUGAAGAGAGACCCAGAAGAGAGGUGGACAGCUGGUGAACUUCUCAAUCAUGGUUUUCUAGAGGAAACAAAGUCUGCUUUAGAGGAGAUGAGUACUAGUUUCAAUAUGUUUACUCCCACAAGUGUAUUGGAUCAAGGCUUGAGGGAAUCAGAGGAUGAGUUUGACACAACUUGGAAUCCAACCCAGAAAGGAUUUUCAAAUUCUCCAGUGGAAAGAAUCCAGAAGUUGAGUGAAUUGUCUUCAAAGUUCCCCAAUUGGUCACUUGAUAAAACUUGGGUCACAGUGAGGAGCAAUGGAAGUAAAGAAGCAGAGUUGUGCACGAAUAGCCAGAAAUAUGAGAAUAAACUGGUUGUAUCCACUCACAUGGCUUGGAUUGGAACAGAAGAUAACCUGGUUGUAGUUCUACCCAAUGAACCCAAAAUGGCUAAUGUCGUUGAUGUUUUUUCAUGUAAAUGUAAGAGCCCAUUAGCUACAAUUUGUGAUGGUGUUAGUAGGCAUAAGAUGAAAUCAGUGAUGGCUUUUCAAAGUACGAAAGAUGUUUUAUGCAGGAAUGUACAUUUUGGGAAGAGAAUAUUCUGUUUUCUACAUUUUUGUGCAAUUAGUCUCCAAGUUCUGUUCCAGGCUGCAAACCAGCCCUCACUAGGGCUGACCCAACCUGCUUUUACAAACCACUAUCUCAAACAGGCUUCUCUGUUUCUGGUAAUCAAUCAAGUUUACCUGAAACACAAAGUUCAACUUCACAACUUGGAAAAGGCUUUAGACGCAAGAAAAACAUCCUUAACUCUUGCAUUUUGA